AAAAAGACUGAGAUGGUGUCCAUGAUGCACACACACACACACACACACACACGGCGGCUCUAAAGAACUGGCCGUUUACUGAGCGACAAUUCUUCAUUUCUUCAAUCAGGCUGAGAACCACGAUGGAGCAGAAGAUAAAUGAUGUUGUAAAGAUGUGCUGUGAGGUUUCAACGACCCGGAAGAUGAAGGCUGCAGUGAAGAGUUCUGUGAAGGGAGGAGCGAUGGCAGGAGGGAGCGCACUCGUAGGAGGGUUACUGCUCGGACCGGCUGGAAUUGCUGUUGGUGGAGCAGUCGGGGGUCUUCUGGGCGCCUGGAUGACCAGCGGUCAGUUUAAACCAGUUUCUCAGAUCCUCCUGGAGCUUCCGUCUCGGGAGAGACAGAAGCUUUUCUCUGAGAUCAGUGCGAUUUUGGGCUCAAUGGACUGGACAGAUGUCACUCAGCUGAUGUUUAUGGUUAGAGGAGAUAACACACUGCUGCAGAGAGUUGAAGCUGGGAUUCAGUCCUUUGUUAGGAAAAAUCUUGGCGCUGUAGUGGAAUACGGAGACUGAGCACAGAGACAGGAGAUCAGGAAAGAGUUUGUGUUUCAAGAUUGAAGAUUCAAGAUUCACAAACUGUACUGUCAUACAUACAAAGUCUCUUGUACUGUACAGCGAGAGUUUGCAGGCUCUUAUGGGUGCUGCAGUAGAGAAUAAUAAAGUAA